ACUCCUCCACCCCGGUGCCCCGCCGUUCCUACCCUCUCCAUUCUACCUCAUUCCCCAUAUUCUACCCUCCCCCCCCCCCAUCCUUAAACCUCCUCUCCCCGCUCCGCCAGGCCAGGCCAGGCCGGGCCCACAUCGAGCCGCUCGGGUGCGACAGCGGCCGCCUCCUUGCCGCGGCCCACGUGAGUGAUGGCGGAGACCGGAGCGGAGCGGAGCCGAGUCCCGGGGCCUGCCCCGUCCACCGAGCUCUCCCUGGCCCGCACCCGCACCCAGGGCCCGGGCACCAGGAGCAGCGGCACGGCCAGACCUGCAGGUCCCCAUCGACGGGUUGCUAAUCAGAUUCCUGAAGACAUCCUGAAUGACAGAGAGCUACAGGAUGCUGUCAGGGUGCUUCCCAGUAAUUAUAACUUCGAGAUUUGUAAGACUGUCUGGAGAAUAAAGCAAGCGGAAGCUAAGAGAGUUGCCCUGCAAAUGCCUGAAGGACUCCAGAUGUUUGCCUGCACAAUUGCUGAUAUCAUAGAAAGGUUCACUGAUGCGGACACGCUGAUAAUGGGUGACGUCACGUACGGAGCAUGUUGUGUGGACGACUUCACAGCCAGGGCCCUCGGAGCUGACUUCAUGGUCCAUUAUGGCCACAGCUGUCUCGUUCCCAUUGAUGCCACGGCCGGAAUAAAGAUGCUGUACGUGUUUGUGGACGUCAAGAUCGACAGCGCACACUUUGUGGACACGCUUCGCCACAAUUUCCCUCAGGGCUCGGCGCUAGCUAUGGUCAGCACCAUCCAGUUUGUGACGGCGUUGCAGUCCACCAGCCAGGAGUUGCGAUUGGAAUAUGACGUGUGUGUCCCUCAGUGCAAGCCGCUGUCACCGGGGGAGAUCCUCGGUUGCACCUCGCCGCACAUUGGAAAGCCAGUGGCUGCCAUCAUUUACCUAGGUGACGGGCGCUUUCACCUGGAAUCCAUCAUGAUAGCGAACCCUGGCAUCCCAGCCUACAGGUACGACCCCUACAGCAAAGUGCUCUCCCGCGAGUACUACGAUCACGAGCAGAUGCAGGCAACCAGAAAGGAAGCCAUUGCGACGGCAGCAAAGGCAAAGACGUGGGGACUGAUCCUUGGAACUCUUGGACGGCAAGGCUCCCCGAAGAUCAUGGAGCACCUGGAAGCCCAGCUUCAAGCCCUCAAUGUACCCUACAUCAAUGUCCUGUUAUCCGAGAUCUUCCCAGACAAACUCCGGCUUUUCCAGGAGGUGGAUGCGUGGGUCCAGGUUGCCUGUCCAAGACUUUCCAUCGACUGGGGAAAAGCUUUUUCCAAACCUCUGCUCACACCAUACGAGGCAGCUGUGGCUCUCAAGAAGGUCGAGUGGCAGCAGCGGUACCCCAUGGAUUUUUACGCCAACCAGUCGCUCGGCCCGUGGACCGUCAACCACGAAACCCACCAAGCCGCCAGGAGGAUGAGGAAAACACAGGCCAAGGCAGCAGAGUCAGUGGGAGCAGCCGUGAGGGGUACGUGCCCAGAUUCCAAGUGCCGGCGAGAGGAGUCAGUCAGGAGCCCACCGGAGGAGCAACCUUCCCCUCCUCAACAGUGACGUGACGGGUCGGUGUCCCGGCAUCGAGGCAACACCAGUGCAGUUGAGGCGACGGAAGCAAUGGAUCCAAGGAGCGAAGGAAACCCAUGUCACAUCUCAACCCUGGCUCGGUCAGCUUGAACAGACGCUCCUGCAACCUUGUUAAGUGGCAAGUGUGGAAAAAUGGGGCAGUUCUGGUGUUUUGAUUCAGAUUGCACCACACCUGCUGUUGGAGGAGGAGUACGGGUCCAGUCCUUGGGCUGUAGUUAGCCGCAGCCUCGGCCGUGGUGGGUUAGUGAUUUGGGGCAAUCUUUGACUGACAAUAAUGCAGAAAUAAAUUGGCUGAGAGUUUUGGCAGCUGUUGAAUUUA